AUGAAGCCUUCUGAAGAAGCGGAAGCGCUGGCCACGCCCGGCUACUGGGAUGAGCGCUAUGCAAAGUCAGACGGCGAGCAUCCCACGCACGAGUGGUUCAAAUCGUACGAGGCUCUCGAGCCCUUCUUGAAGACCCAUCUCUUCGAGGCGUGGAGCCCGGACAAGAACCCCCGCAUCCUGCAUCUGGGCUCCGGCGACAGCACCGUUCCGCAUGACCUCGCCGUCCGCGGAUACAAGAACCAGCUCUGCGUCGAUUUCUCCACCGUCGUCGUCGAGCUCAUGUCGGCCAGGCACGAGCAGGAGAAGGGCAUCGAAUGGAGGUGGGCCGACGUGCGGAACAUGGCCGACGUCCCCGACGGCUCCGUCGACGUGGCCUUCGACAAGGGAACCCUGGACGCCAUGAUCUUCGGAAGUCCCUGGGACCCGCCCGACACGGUCAAGGAGAACACGGCCCAAUACAUCAACGAGGUCUUUCGCGUGCUCAAACCCGACGGUGCAUUCCUCUACAUCACCUUCAGGCAGCCCCACUUCAUCAAACCCAUAUUGAAUCGCGACGCCAUCUGGGACCUUCAGAUGGAGUAUCUCUCGGAUGAUAAAAGCUCGUUCGAUUACCACGCCUUUAUCCUAAAAAAGAAGAAGGGGCAAUGUUGA